CAGGGAGGGUCUCAUACCGAAUAUCAAAACAACUCUGUGAACCAACCCUACGAACAGCCGGCAGGCACACGGUGGACAUUAGCCAGAGAGAGCGAAACAACAACAGAAAUAGAGCGACAGGCCCUUGUAGACAUCUCCCUCACUUGAUCAUACACAUUUUACACAACCACUUUCCACUCAGGAUGUCGCGAGGUAGCUUUGUCUUCACACCCAUGGCCUUACGCUCGCUUGAACUUGAUGAGGACAUGCUGGAGCGAUACAAGUACAAGAAGCAGCUGGCCUCCUGUCACCUCAAUAGCUAUAUGCUGAGGAAGGAGGCCAGGGACAGGGCACCCCUGAGGUCCGGUAUUGGCCUGCCAGCAGCUAUAUGCCAAGAUGUUGUUGUCCAGAAUGCUCUGUAUACAGGAGACCUGGAGGCUCUGCAGCACCUCUUUCCCAGAGGAUCCAGAGCAAACCUCAUCAUUGAGCCACAAGGAGGGGACAUGCGCUGGAUUGCCACAGGCGAAGGACUGUGGUCACUGAGUUAUGAGCAGGAGCUGACCACGCCACUCCACAUCACAGCUGGCCGAGGCUUCACCAACUGCCUGAGACUCCUGCUGCAGCGUGGGGCCAGUGUAGACCUGACCCCUGGGGGAACCACUGCCCUGCAUGAGUCCUGUGAAAACUGCCAGCCAGAGUGUACCCAACUGCUGCUGAUCCACGGUGCCAACGCCAAUGCUGUCUCUGAAGAAGGCCUUAUGCCUUUGCACGUUUGCACCAGUCCUGAAUCACUUGAAUGUGCCAAGUACCUCCUUCAGUAUGGCGCAGCAAUCAAUGGCCGCAGUACAGAUGAAGACGACACUCCCUUACACGUGGCAGCCAGGAACGGCCUCCCAGAACACACUGAGCUCUACCUUCGUUAUGGAGCUGCCGUGGACAAACAGAACAUUGAGGGUCUCACACCUCUGAAUGCUGCUUGUUCACAACGCCAGGAGAUGCAGGACCUACAACGUUACUUCAAGGUGUGCCAGAUUCUUCUGGGGGCAGGGGCCGACGUCCACACUAUGGACCAGGACAAACACAGUCCCUUGCACAUGGCCUGUAAGAAUGUAAAUCCAGACAUAGUGGAUCUGCUGCUGGCAAACGAUGCCUGCGUUAACAACAUGGACUACGGCGGUGAAGCUCCCAUGCACAACAUCCUGAAGGUGGCGUGCUACAAGGUUUCCCAUCAGCCUGAGAGAAUUGUCCGCGCUCUGCUCAACCACGGUUCUAUUCGGGUGUGGCCUGGAGCUCUGCCCAUGGUUUUGAAUCACUGCUCCGAGUCUCCACGCACCAUUGAGGUUCUUCUGAACGCCUACAGUCACCUCAAGGUCACAGACACCUGGGUUGAGUCUGUGCCACCUGAGGUGUUCAAGGAGCACAAGGAGUUCUAUGAGUCAGUCUUCUCCUUGGAACUCACUCCUCGCUCCCUGCAGCACUUGGCUCGGUGCAGGCUCAGGAGCUUCCUGGAGGGCCGGGUUCACAAGGUGGUCCCUAAACUUAACGUGCCCACCUUCAUCAAAAACUACCUGCUCCUUGACUACAGAGGAUAUGUCCACUGAAAGCACUUUGUGUGGUCUCUAGUUAGUGUGAGUCCUGAUGGAGACUGAGUGCUUCACGAUAUACUAACAGUCAAGAUCAUAUUUACAGUAGAGGCAACAACUGUAGCACUGAAAUAAUACGCAAGAUUUUAUUUUUAAAAUAUGUUUUUUGUAAGCUUUUCAGGAGGGAGAAACAGCUGCUUGUUCUGUCGCUCUCAUUUCAGAUCAGCCUUUCAGCACAGUCACAUGUUUGAUUUUACACCACAAGAGGGAGCUGUAGACUAGAGUUGACGAAGCCUAAUAGUAAGAAUGCAAUUGUGUUAUAUGUUUUAUAUUUUCUUUAUCUUAAGGUAACAUUUUUUUUUUUUUUUACUUGUGCACCUGAUAGUAGAGAUACUCAGAUGCUUGUAUUUUUAUACGUAAUGAUGAUCAUUUUAGUUUGAUGUUAAUGCGCUUCAUGAUUUUGUGUUAUACACUGAGGAUUGCCAUAGAAUAUUUGCAUAAAUAAUUAUUCCCACCGAUAUGAUUGUAAUUAGGUCGUUUAUAUCAAAAAUGGGCUUGAUAUAAAAUAAAAUAACCCACCGAGGCCAUG